GAAAUAGCCAAAGCUUUAUCUUGCAAGCUUUCGGCUUUGGGAAAUAUAACGGAAAAUUAUGUACUGCUACUGCUCUUAGUCUUGCUUGACUUAUAUUUAGUGUUUUACACUGCAGUGAGUAGACGAGAGUUGAUUUCGCAUUCCACUGUUCUCAGUUCUCACUUGUCUGCUCAACCCCAGCCUUGAGCCUUCGUCGCUUUACAAAACUGAAGUCCCGUCUCUUCUCUCCUCUAUCUAAUUCUCCCACCUUUCUUUUUUCCUAUCAACCGCCACCACCAGAUUUCCCGGCGAAAGUUCGCCGUUACCACGCUUUUUUUUUCCUGCUUUCUAGGUAUCGGAAUACGCUUCUCCUCCUUGUUCUCAUGCUUCCUAUAUCUAUGACAACCCCUCCUUCUAAACCUCCUUCAAAACCCAAAAACCCCGAAUUAUCAUCAAACCGAAAGAACUACUCCAACUUAUUUCAGCCUUACCUCUCAUUUCACCAUCCUGGUACAUGCCUCCUCCUCGCCAUUCUCCUCCUCCACAUAUUCCUCCUCCUCUCCGCUCGCUCUCUCCCUUUCUUCCCCACUUCCCACCCCUCAAAAAUCCUCUUCCCUCCUUCCACUACCGUCACACCUGGUCACUCCGCCACCCUUGAUGUUGAUGGCUCUAACCAAACGGCCCUGAACUUGAACGUCCUCUGCCCAUAUGGUAAAGUCUACGUUUAUGACCUCCCAUCAUUUUUUAACCAUGAAUUGCUAAAAAAUUGCCAUGAGCUGAGCCCCUGGAACUCAGGCUGCGACUUGUUUUCGAAUCACGGCUUCGGAAAAGUCGCAAAUGGGAUUUCAAAACUUGUCCCCGAAAAUCUCAGGCAUGCAUGGCACUGGACUGACCAAUUUGCUUUGGAGAUGCUUCACCACAACCGAAUGAUGAAUUAUCGUUGCAGAAGUUUGGAGCCCGAAUCUGCUACUGCGUUCUACAUACCUUUUUACGCGGGACUAGCAGUGGGAAAGUACCUAUGGUAUAAUCAUACAUUCGAGGACCGCGAUCGGUACUGCGAGAUGAUGCUGGAUUGGGUGAAUAAUCAGCCUUACUGGAACAGAUCCCACGGCUGGGAUCAUUUUAUUACAAUGGGCCGGAUCACAUGGGAUUUCCGCCGAAUCGAAGGCCGCGUCUGGGGAUCCAGCUGUAUUUACAUGCCUGGAAUGAGAAACAUCACGCGCUUGUUGAUAGAGCGCAACCCGUGGGACUAUUUCGAUGUCGGUGUGCCAUAUCCCACCGGAUUCCACCCCAGCACAGCCUCUGACGUCACGGGCUGGCAGGAUUUUGUACGCCAGCAUCAGCGGAAGACUCUAUACUGCUUCGCGGGAGGCACACGCGGGUUUUACAGGAACGACUUUAGAGGACUGUUACUGAGUCAGUGCUACAACAACUCGGACGCUUGCCGAGUCGUGGAUUGCACCGGCUCCAAGUGCUCUAACGGGACUUCAGCAAUUCUCGAAUCGUUUCUGGACUCGGACUUUUGUUUACAGCCGAGGGGUGACAGUUUCACUCGUCGGUCCAUUUUUGAUUGCAUGGUGGCCGGUUCAAUCCCGGUUUUCUUCUGGAGGAGAACGGCUUACAUGCAGUACGCUUGGUUUUUACCCAGUCAACCGGACAGUUACUCGGUGUUCAUACACAGGGGAGAGGUGCAGAAUGGAACCACGUCAAUUAGAGCGGUCCUUGAGAGCAUAAGCAAAGAGAAGGUAAAAAUGAUGAGAGAAAAAGUAAUCGAAUAUCUACCAAGAAUUGUGUAUGCAAAACCAAACGAGGGGUUGGAAGGCAUUAAAGAUGCAUUUGAUAUAGCCGUUGAGGGGGUUUUGAGGAGGGUUAAACAAAAAGAGGGUGUUUACAAGUGAUAAUUCCAUCAAUACUUUUCUUAUCUUAAAAAUAUAUAGAAUGGAGGGGGGGUUACAAAUGUACUCAAGGGGAUAACCUGAAUUUCUCAUUACGCGGGUAUUAUUUUAGAUUAAAAGGAGCAUGAAAUAUUAGGUUUAAUUUCUUCUGUAAUAUAUAUAUGUAUACUUUUUGGGUCUCAAAAUACAUUUGUGUUACAUAUGUAUACGCUCCAUUUCUCUGGCAAUUAGAAGAAUGUUGAACAUGUA